UCGUAUAGCUUCUACACAUAUCGUCUUUUCCCAGCCUACGAGUGUAUCGCUAUAUUUACAUGCACGAUGUGUUGUUUUCGUUAAAACGUCCGUUAACUUCCUGGUAUAGUUUUUGGUUUCACUUUUUGUUUUCACACACACACCUCUGUACACAAGGAGAGCAGCACUGUUACCCUCGCCAUAAAUUUCGGGUAACAUUCUGAUAAUGGUUUAGAGUGAGAGAAAACAAAGCAAAGUUAUAGGUCUGUCAAGCUGUCGAAUAUUGAAAAAUAAUGGCAUCGGUUGAAGACUCAAUUUCACACACCUCAAAAGCUAAGACAAGUAAAGCUGAAGAGUUGGCCCUGACCCUGACUCAGGCUAUUAGUUUGGGGGACGUGGAGGAAGCCAAUCAAUGUGCAGGCCAGCUGGCGAAGCUGCAGGUCUCUGUCACAGUCAGUGUCCACAAGGAUACCUACCCAAAGGAUGAAAUCCGGAUGAAGGUGGGAGUGGAAGACGCCCAGUCCCAGUCUACUGUCCCCAUCUCCAUGGCUGUGUAUUCACACAUGACCAUCGCACAGCUGAAGGAAAAGGUGAACAGUGACUAUGGGUUCCACCCGUCACUGCAGACCUGGGUGAUAGGGAAGCGCCUGGCCAAGGACCCUGACACGCUGGGGAGCCACGGGGUGAAACGAGACGGGGACACAGCCUUCCUGUACAUCAGGACAGCCAAGAAAGCACAGCUGACCAAGGAGCUGCAGCAGCAGGAGGAGGAGAGGAAACUGCUCGGGGAAAUCUACACAGCUGUCAAUGGAACACUCAAAGCCCGGGGGACAGCUACCUUGACCCCCAAGAAGGAAAUGCUGGUGUUUGCUCCUGACCCUGCUGUAGCCCCGAAACUUCCCAAACCUGCACCCCCUCCUCUCAAACCCAAACCUAAGGUUGGCUGGGAGUGCACUCGGUGCACCUUCCUGAACAAGCCCACCCGGCCCGGCUGUGAGAUCUGCGCCUCGGACAGACCGGCGGGCUACCAGAUCCCAGCCCAGUACCAGCCGGACAAGGAGGAGGAGGAGAGGCUGCACAGCGAGGAGAUGGCGAUGCUCCUGUACCAGGAGACGAUGGAGCUGCAGAAGGUACAAAACUUCCAGAGCCUGCUGGACACCGAUCUGCUCAGCCUUGUCCCCAACAGCGAGGAGCUGGACUGCCCUGUCUGCUUCAGCACCAUUGAGCCAGGAGAGGGCGUCACUCUGCGGGAGUGUCUGCACAACGUCUGCAGGGAAUGCCUGAAAGGAACGAUUAUCAACAGCGUGGACCCCGAGGUGGCCUGCCCAUAUGCCGACCAUGAAUACACCUGUGAUGGGAAGCUGCAAGACAGGGAAAUCAAAUCCCUCCUGUCCCAGCAGGAAUACCAGAGGUUCCUAGACCUGAGGCUCAACAUCGCAGAGAACCGCAGUGAAAACAGUUACCACUGCAAGACAGCGGACUGCCAGGGCUGGUGCAUCUUCGAGGACGAGGUGAACGAGUUCCUGUGCCCGCUCUGCAACAAACACAACUGCCUGCUCUGCAAGGCGAUUCAUGAAGGAAUGAACUGUAAGGAGUACCAGGAUGACCUCCGGAUCAGAUCGGAGAAUGACAUCGCUGCCAGGCAGACCACGGAGAUGCUCAAGACCCUGGUGGAGAAUGGGGAGGCGAUGCACUGUCCCAGGUGUAAGAUCAUCGUGCAGAAGAAGGACGGCUGUGACUGGAUCUGCUGCGUCAUGUGCAAGACGGAGAUCUGCUGGGUGACCAGGGGCCCGCGCUGGGGGCCGAAUGGUCAUGGGGAUACCUCAGGAGGGUGUGGCUGCAGAUUCAAUGUGGCACGCUGUCACCCCAACUGCCAGAACUGCCACUGAGCAUCAGCCUCUCCUUCUUAUUGAGCCUAACAUAUUACAAAUAGAAAUGCACUAAAGAACUUGAGAUUGAUCACGGUUCUGUCCCUUUCAGUCUUCCCCUUUUUUAUAUGCAGUGUGUUCGGUCACUAAACUGAGAUCACAGCAAUAAUAAUACCCAGCACCUGAGGUCAUUACGCCUUCUGCUUUUGGCAGUAAUGAUCUUUGGUCAGAUCUAAUUUUUUCUGAAUGUGGAAGGUAUUAUAAAAACUCUGUCAACAAAGAUAAGAAACAUGCAUUUUAGUGUUUGUGUUCUUCCACUGGGGGAAGUAGUUCCUUAAAAAGUAGUUCUUGUCUUACCCUUUUUUUUUCUUGCAGUUGCGUAGGGAUAUCGCUGCCAGCUUGUGGUGGUGAGGUCUGAGACAGGUUACAAAGCAUUACAGAUCGCUUUGUAGCCAAUCAGUUUGCAAGUCUUUCUGAGCAGCAUGCAUAUUUGUUAAUGUGAAGAAAUAUUAGAUUAAAAUAGAUUUGAUUAAUGCAAAGAUCUUUUCAUGUGCAGCAUGUUAUAAAAAGAGCAUUAAUGUUUAUCAGGUGGUGUAAUGUGUUUUCUUUCCAAUAUAUAGCAAAUAAAACUAAAGGGUUCACUCUGAAAUGCUCU